GUUGCUGCGAAAAAUCGAUGGCUUGUGUCACUGUGAAUAUAUAACUUGUGUUCCCCCCAUCAGGCCUGUGCUUGUGACCGAUCUUCUUCUCCACCAGCAGCAGCUCUGAGAGAGAGCAUCAGCAAGUCGAGCCAGAUUCAGAUCCCAUCUUUGAGGUAUCGGUCAAGAUGGUGCUCGUACAGUACGACUAUCUCUUUGCCAUAGGCUUGAUAUUCGCCUUCCUCGAUGCUUGGAACAUCGGUGCCAACGAUGUUGCCAACUCGUGGGCGACUUCGGUCGCUUCCCGGUCGUUGACCUUAGUCCAGGCCAUGAUAGGCGCCAGUAUCAUGGAGUUUGCCGGCGCUCUCGGUGUCGGUGCUCGUGUUGCGGAUACCAUCCGAACUAAGAUCGUCAGCCCCGAUCUGUACAACAGCGCGCCCGAGGUUCUCAUGCUUGGGAUGGUCUGCGCCGUCGUCGCCUCCUCCCUGUGGCUUACUUUAGCUACCAGGAUCGGUCUUCCCGUAUCCACCACCCACUCCAUCAUGGGUGGCGUUAUCGGUAUGGGUAUUGCUUCCGUUGGCGCCGGCAAGAUCACCUGGGUCGCCCCUCCGGGCACCCAGGGUACCGCCAUCGUCAACACUGGUGUCGUCUCCGUCUUCAUGGCCUGGAUCAUCGCCCCGGGCCUGUCCGCUAUCUUUGCUUCUAUCAUUUUCCUCAUUACCAAGUACGGUGUCAUGUUGCGCAAGAACCCGGUCAUGAAGGCUUUCGCCCUCGUUCCCGUCUACUUCGGUAUCACCGCCUCGCUGCUUGUCAUGCUUCUGCUCUGGAAGGGCGGCGGGUACACCAUCAACCUGGAGGACAACCAGCUCGCUGCCGUCAUUGUCUGUGCCGGUAUCGGUUGGGCUGGUGUCAUUGCCGUCUUCCUCAUGCCCUGGCUGUGGCGCGUGGUCGUGCGUGACGACUGGCAGCUCCGCUGGUACCACAUCGGUCUCGGUCCCCUACUCUUGCGACGUGGCGAGGUACCCCCGCCCCCGGCCGACUUCCAGGGCGCCAUCCGUAACUUUUACGAGGGUCAUCUCACGAAGGAGGAGCUCGAGGCCAAGCGUGCCGCCGCGGCGGCUCGUGGUGAUGUCGAGGGCGGACACGAAGCUGCAAACGAGUCCAACAUCGCCGAGGCUAUCAUCAAGUCCAAGGCCUCGGACACCGAAUCUGAACACCAGGCGGUCGUCGUCCCCACGGAGCAGAGGAAGUCCAUCAUUGGCCCCAAGCCCGAGGGUCUUCCAUGGCACUCCACCGACAUGUUGUACUGGGCUGUCAAGAAGGCGUUGUUCAAUGGCGUCGACCAGGACAUUGUCAACCUGCAGAAGAGGAAGGGCGGUAUGCUCUCUGGCGAUCUUGAGGAGAAGCACGCCCGUGCCGCUCACUACGACAACAAGGCCGAAUUCAUGUACUCUUUCCUCCAGAUCAUGACUGCUUGCACUGCUUCUUUCACCCACGGUGCUAACGAUGUGUCUAAUGCUAUCGGCCCCUUCACCACUAUCUACCAGAUUUGGCAGUCCGGCUCGGUCCCUAAGGACCCCGAUGUACCGCUCUGGAUUCUCGCUUUCGGCGGUGUCGCUAUCGUGCUCGGUCUCUGGACCUACGGUUACCACAUCAUGGCCAACCUUGGCAACAGACUGACGCUCAACUCCCCCUCUCGAGGUUUCUCCAUGGAGCUGGGCAGUGCCGUCACCAUCAUCGUCGCUACCCGUCUAAAGCUUCCCGUCUCGACUACGCAGUGCAUUACCGGCGCCAUCGUCGGCGUCGGUCUCUGCAACGGUGACUGGAGGGCUCUUAACUGGCGUAUGAUCGCCUGGAUCUACGGGGGUUGGAUUCUGACCCUCCCUUGCGCCGGUAUCAUCUCGGGUUGCCUCAUGGGCAUCAUUCUCAACGCCCCCUCGUGGCAUUAAAAGAAUCUCGCGACCCGUUACUGUAUGAGGGUAUCGGAUGUGGCUUUCCAUUUGGUUUUCCACUGCUGCUAUAGCCUCUAUAGGUCUCAGGAACAUAACGUCCGAGGGGACCGAUCUCGUGUAAUGUAAAAGGGCAGUCGUUUCAUUCCCGUUGCCGAUAGACAAUAUACCCACUUAUUCACAACACACCCGGACUAUACGCUGUCUUUUAUGCUCUUGACGCAUGAUUUGCCAGAGGCAUUAUAUUAGGUUAUAUCUCGGUA